UGUAGGCCUCUUCUGACCGCGGAGAGACAGAAGCAAGCGGACCGGUUUGAAGCUAAGCUAGUUCAGUUAUAUCCCACCUCGCUGUUUUUAAUUGUUUGCAUUGAUUUUUUUUGUAGCACUCGCUUGGAUCUGGUUGCAAAAAAUUCGAGAUACCUUUAGGCGUGUUAACAGUUCGGCUAACAAGCGUAAUUGGGCGUUUAUUUUUGUAAACCGCUUCUGUCCCGCUAGCUACGUUAACGUUAGCAGCGGGUAGGCGCCAGUCGUGUUUGACAACAGCGCUGUUUGGUCACGUUCCCGGUGUUGCUGCGUGUAACUACCGACUUCUGUUCGCUGGAGCUACACAAAACCCAAGUCUAGGUGCGGUUGAAAAAGUGAAGUUCGGUAUGGCAGAAUUCCUCGAAGAUCCGUCGAUUUUGACGAAAGACAAGCUAAAGAGUGAGCUCACGGCGAACAAUGUGCCACUUCCGAGCGGAGAGCAUAAAAAAGAAGUGUAUGUGCAGCUGUAUCUGAAGCACCUGACCACGCUGAAGAACAAGAAGAGUCCACCUGCUGACACCUUCUCCAGCGACGAGGAGCUGCCCGCGCCCGUGGUCUCCAACAAAAGUCGAUCUGGAAGAAAAGCCACCAAAAAGACGGACAAGCCGCGCGCGGAAGAAGUGGAUGUGACAGAGCUCACGGAUGAAGAUUUGAAACAACAGCUGGCGAAGCACGGCGUAGAUUCAGGACCCAUUGUUGCCUCUACCCGUAAAUUGUAUGAGAAAAAGCUACAGAAGCUUUUAGACCAGCCUCCAAUUGAACCAGAAGCCCCAACAAACGUCACGGCACUACCGAAGACAGAAAGUAACCAGAAUGGCAACACAAACUCUGACCAGUACAGUGACAAGGAAGAUGAGGAGAUUGUUGAACCUGAACCAGAACCAAUUCCUGUGGUGGAGAAGCCUGUGAGGAGCAGAGGGAAAGCUCCUGUUACUGUAAGAACAAGCAGCAGACGCCAGACCAAGAUGGUGGAAGAAAUUGUCACCGAAGAGACCCCAAAGAAGGCCCCUGAGAGUGUUGUUGAAGAUAUUCUUGCCAAUGAAAUAAACACACCAACAGGCAUCAGUGCAACCUGUAGGCGUCCAAUCCGAGGAGCAGCUGGCAGACCCGUGAAACCGAAUGAGUACUGGCUGGACGAGUCUCUUGUACAGCGCACCAUCCACACCGAGAGCCGCUCUUACUCAGAGUCCUUCUCCCGACCGGGCAGCACCCCCUCAAGCAAAGCACCAGUUCGACGAAGCUUCCUGUCCUUGUUGUUGAAGCUCCUGCUUCUUGUUGCGGUGGUUGGUGCUCUCUACUAUGCCUACCAGAACCUGGAUGCCGACCAGAUCAACAGUCUCAAAGGCUACCUGGACAACGUUGUCGUCCCACUCCAGAGCGUGGUGGACAGCGCAGGCACCUAUCUCGGCAUCGGAAGCGGCAGCGGCAGUGCCCCGAAGAGCGCCGGCAAGUAAAGAACCUCAGGCCUCACUCACCGUAUCCAUCCCACCUCCCUGCCACAGCACACCCCAGCACACCUCAAGCGACAAACUUGGCUCACCUUUUUAUUCCUACAUGGUUGGACAAAGGACAGAUUUAAUUGGAACAAUAAACAUUCUCUUUUUUGGACUCCAGCUUUUCUCCCACCAUGCAGGGAGAUGUAACUCAAACAGUAGCUUCUGGAUAACCGUGUUUUGUGGCUGUCAGAAGGGACUGAUUUUAAUCUGUGAAUUGUUUGUGUCUGUGUGUAUUAACCCUUGUCUGUAGUAACAAGUGCAGAAUGGAGAGGCCAGUUUAUCCAUGCAUGGUUAUAGUUUUUGAAGGCCAUACUGUAGUUUCUAACACUCUGUGCCAGGUGUUCUGGUGAAGUGCCUGGACACUGUUAGCACUUAGUGCCCUCCCAUUUUCAAGCACAAAGCAGCUAGGACAAAUGCCAGAAGUUCUACGUGUUUCUGUAUCAAAUUCAAAAUUUGUAGCUCUAGAGUUAGGUAGAGUCAUUAUUUUUAUUGUGCUCAGGUCAAUUCAGUUCAAAGUUUUUAAUGUGGUCUGUGCUGGGAGGGGACACUGGUGUAGUCUGGUUACAUCACUGCAUGAUGAAACUCAGCCCAAGUAAAUAAAACCUUUUUUUUUUUAAAUUCUUUAUAUUUUUUUGUUUUGAUGGUUUUUUGAAUCGUCAGAAUUGAAAAUCUAUGAUUUAAAACGUAUGAUUAUGGCUAACACAAAUCUGGUCAUUCUCGAUAAUGAUCAUCUUUUUUUUUUUUUCUUUUUUUUUGUACAAAAUUCUCUGUACAUUUAUAUUUUGUAUCAAUGUCCUCAUCAGCAGCUUUUUUUUUUUAGGAUUUUUUUUUGCCAUUAAUUUGAGAAUCAUCCCUGAGGAGGCUGAAAUGAUUGCAUUGAAUCAUGGAUUAUUGAUUUUCCACCACUGCCAGUGUGCCCAUCUGCGUUUACAUGCUUUUAGUGCUCUUGUGCUUUCCUUUUAUUUUGUUGUGUUUUAGAACUUCAAUCCUUCAGUCCUAUACACAGGACUGGCUGCACCCACAUAGCCCGCUUCACUGGCUGCAUGUGCCCUGAUCUACACAUCAGACAGGUAUUUUCUGGGAUGACAAAUCUGUCUUUCUGAUCUUCGCAAAUUACCACAAUUGACACAGUUAAGUUACUCUUAAAGAUGUUUGACUGCAGGGAGUGAUCACUUACUCACUGGAAGCAACGAUGGGGAGUGGAAAGGUUUCUGGGGUGACUUUAUUUCUAUUUUGAUAUUUUUCUAAAGUGGUGUUUGACUUUUUAUAGCACAUUUCAAAUUUUAAAAGCAAUAUGUAAUACAUGCAAAAUAUACUGUACUUAAACCAGACUUAACACAAGCGAUUCAUUAUCAGGCAGCUCUCCCACAACUGACAGAAAUCACAAGGGUUAUGUGGGUAAGGAUUUUUCAUCUGUUUAUUUAUGAUAAUGUAGCCAGUGUAUCAUAAAAUAAACUUUGUGGUUGCCA